AGUGUCUUGUGCAGAUCAUUACGAACAUUCGAAACGUAUGGUUUUGUUGUCAUAAUGAUUUUUUUGUAUAAAAGCAAGAUUCUGGAAUUGGAACCGGACACAGUACAGUAUGUUCGUAAACAGUACAACCUGGACAAACCCGGAAGAAUGGAAGACGCGGUUGCUCUGCUGAGGGAAUGGGUCCAAAAGCAGUCGCAUUUUAACAAGAAAGAUUUCAGUGAUCAGUACUUAGAGGUGACAAUAAUAAUCUGCAAGGGGUCGGUAGAGCGCGCCAAAACACAAUUGGACAAAAUGUGCACAUUCAGAACUUUGAUGCCUGAAUUUUUCGGAAAUCGUAUAAUGAAAGAGGAUUAUGAACGAUACCACAAAAUUGCUAAAGCGGUUGUGUUGCCCAAGUUAACACCCGACCACUACAGAGUUUAUCUUGCCAAAUAUAACGAUGGCGAUUGGAAAGCAUCCGAUGCCAUUUUCUUAUACAGGCAAUCUAUUUACCUAGCCGAAUACAUUAAGGCUCAUGAUUAUUUGAGUGGUUUCGUCCUAGUGGCUGAUUUCACUGAAGCAAACUUAUUGGACUAUUUGCCAAAACUGAGUAUUUUAGAGUGUAGACAAAUUAUGACUAUUUUAAUGGAAGGCUACGGUAUGAGAGUCAAACAAAUGCAUGUAAUAUCAAAGUCGAAACUCGUGGACGGUUUGGUGACGUUUAUGAAAAAGAUGGUCAGCGCUAAAAUAGGCGACCGAAUAAAGGUGCACAAAAAUAUAGAGGACCUAUAUGAAUACAUUCCGAAAGCCAUACUUCCCAAAGACUUCGGUGGUGAUGAACGUUCGCUUGAUACUCUUCAAGCUGAAUGGAUUGAUGCUUUUUCAUCGGAUGAAUACCUGAAAUACUUACAAGAAAUGAAUGAAGCCACAACCAAUGAGUCUUGUCGACCAAGAGACCAGUUUUCCGAACAUUAUGCUGGAAUGCCGGGUACUUUCAGAUAUUUGACUGUUGAUUAGAAUCCAAUCAGCAAUCAAGCCAAACCAAUAGUUUUAAAGGAGUCAAUUUAAUUCUAAACAAUCUUCUUUUUUAUUCUUUACAAGUUAGCUCUUGGUUACAAUCUCACCUGAUGGUAAGUGACGAUGCAGUCUAAAAAACGGGCUAACUAGUUAGGCGAAGGAUGAAAAUCCACACCUUUUUUCAGUUUCUACACGACAUCGUACCGGAACGCUAAAUGGCUUGGCGGUAGGUACUUUGCCGGUUGGGUGGUAAAUAGCCAUGGCCAAAUCCUCCCACCAGGCCUGCAUAUGAAAAUCUUAAUCGGCCCAGCCGGGGAUUGAACCCAGGACCUCCGUUUUGUAAAUCCACCGCGCAUACCACUGAGCCACGGAGGUCACCAAAUGACUUUUCAAAGACAAAUCUUUAUUUGAGUCUGAUGGAUUUAUCAUUCCCAAUAUAGUUUUUCAUUCAAAAAUGUAAAAUAUAAAAAAAGUUUUCUAGAUUAAGUUUUUUGUUUUUUGUAUUAUUUGUUAUCUAAAUAAAAGUUUCAAUCAAAACACGUU